CCCAUUUCAUUUCCGGGUCACUUUGUUCUCUUUCGUCUCGGCCAAAUUGGAAGCAGUAGUGUGAUAUCAGCGACAGGCAAUCAGCCAUAUAGCUCUGGGCGUCGUAACUCUCUCGAUAGUACUGUGAAGUUACGUGGUUGCUGCAAGAAAGUGCAUAUAAUGGGCGUCCGUACUAUAUCUCAGGAAGGGUUCGAUGAGAUGGUGAAAGAGAACAUGGAUGACCUCGGAAUGGACCCCACCGAAGCCCUUCAAGAUGCCAUCGAAACCCUAUCUCUCCAAGGCGUCGAUCUCUCUGGUAUUGUUACUUGCCCAGUCAAAGACAACCCAGUAAUCCAGUGCUUGGAUAGAUUGAAACAACUCAAUUCUGAUUGGACGACGGAUGAUCAUCUUGACCAAGAGAUGAUGACGGCGAUGCUCAACAAGUUAACUGAUUUGUGUUUGGUUGAUGGAUCUGGGAAUGCAGCCAUAGCCACCAGAAAUGGAGGGCUCGAAUUGCUUUCCUCACUUUGUUCAAAGUUUGGAGCGGGGUGCGAAAAGGUUCUUGUUUCAGCCUUGAACGCAAUGGCAUCUCUUCUUCAUGAUGUUCAAAGCACUAACACAUUUCAGAAGAUUGGUGGAUCAAAGAUUGUGGUGGACAUCCUAAUUCAUGGGCAUCGAGAUUUUAACAUCUUGAAUAGUGGUUUUUCUGUUGUUGCUGCUGCUGCAACUGGCAAUGAGAUUCUUAAGGAGUCAUUCAUGGACCUGAAAAUCGAUGAGCUCAUGAUCCAAUUUUUGAGGGAGCACCAAAACGGGAGCAUCCAUAGCCUAUAUGAUGCUAUACGUGUCUUAUUAACACCUGAUGAUAAUCGUGUUGUAGCUUCCCAAGUUUAUGGUUAUGCCAGAAGAUUUGCAAAAAUUGGAAUUGCACAAGCUCUUGUGGAAGCACUUCAUGAAGGACUCAGUUCACCAGGUCUAGUAUCAGCUAGCAUUGCUUUAAAAGCUGUUGCUGUCAAUGAUGAAAUAUGUAGAUCGAUUGCCGAAAACGGUGGUGUAGAUGCAGUUCUCAAAUGUAUUGAUGAUAGUGCUGAACAGGGAAACAAAACUGUAGCUAGAGCUUUCUGUUCUUUAUUGUCGAAGUUGGCAGGAAGUGAUGCAAAUAAGAACACUAUUGUUGAAAAGGGAAUGGAUAGGCUAAUCAAACUCUCAUCCAGAUUUUCUGACGAUCCAUCUGUUCUGCAAGAGGUUAUGUCAAUUAUAUGUGUCCUCUCCUUGAGAUCCCCAUACAAUGCUGCUCGUGCCAUUGAAGCUGGAGCAGGAGACCUAGCUAUCCAAGCCAUGCAGAAGUUUCCUGGAGCAUCUCAAAUGCAGAGGAAUUCCUGUAUGAUGAUCAGAAAUCUUGUGGUUAGGAACCCAGAGAACAGAACUAUUUUGCUCAGUAAUGGUAUCGAGAAGCUCAUAAGGAAGGCCAAGGAAAACAAUGAAAGCUGCAAGGAAGCUGCUACUGAUGCACUCAGGGAUCUUGGUCUUGAUAAUUACAACUUAUAGCUCACACUCUAAAACUGAUAUUGAUUGUAUGUGCAUCUUUUUCUUUUUUCAAUUUUGUUCUCUCUUUUGUUUAUGGAGGUGACUUCAAGUCAAACCUCAUAUGUUGUUGUAAACUUACUAUGAAACAAGUCAGCUGGAUGAAAUUGGAGGCACCUUCUCUUUUCAGUUUCCCUUUUACUCUGUUCUUGAACCGACAAUGUGUGUCUAUUGCUUUACUCAGGGAUCUGUUUGAAUUAUUACAGAGAUUACACUGAUUACCCAUG